AUUUCGAAGUGUUUGAAGCUGAAGGAGAGGCAGCGGCGCGGGUCAGUCUGGUUCAGCAGUUAACACAGGAGGUCACAAGUCGGGCCGAUGCCCUCGGCUGCGGUCAGGUCAUCGUACCACCAGGUCUCAUUGAUGAGGUCACUGCGCAGAUUCUACGGCUGGCAGACUCCGAACCGUGUGGUGUAAGGGGCUGUGUGCUGCACGUGCAUUACGACAGCGGAGACCAAAGACAGCGCCUCACUCGGGUCGUUCUUGACCCGACGAUGCCCAACACCUUCGAGGUGUACCUCACCCUCAGACCCGACACCACGACCUGGUAUCACAAGAUGUCCAGAAUUAUCAAGCCCCUCCGGAAGUCCGGCCCCCUCCUUCUCAGCACCGACUUCAAGAUGGAGAAGAAGAAGCUUUAUCCCGAGGAAUAAGACUUUAAUCUCCUCGUCCGGCGAGGUCCUCCCCGCUGUCCGGAUCUUAGGCUUCCUGUCCGCCAUCGACGCUCUGUCUCGUUAUUCGCAUAUCCUCAUUGCCAGCAUUUUUAGUAUUUCCUUUUUUCUUUUCUGUCAUAUUUUUGCGUCUGGAAGAGUUGUCAUACUUUUAUGAAAAAAAAUCUAGAAAAAAUA